CGGGCGUAGUAUUCUGAAUAGAGGAGAGGAGAGGAGAGAGAACAGUGCUUUUGGGUUCCUUUCAGAUGAAAAAUAAUGGAUAAUAAAAUAAAGAAAAGAAUGGAUAGAUAAUUUGAUAUUCAUUUGUAUUAAUUUUGUAUGUAUAUAUGGAGAAAAUCUAAAGAUUCAUUUUUUGUAGUAAGAGAUGUAAUGUACAUUACAUAUUUAUAUGUACUGACAAUGGUUGAAUCUGAAUCAAACAAUUUUCAUGAAUUUACUGUUCCGAUCUUUCACUUCUUCUGACGGGCCAGCCUAUUCUUAACCCUAUACCCAAACCCAGAUACCUGAUUGCCUUUUUUCUUUAGGAAAAAUCGAACUUUUAUUUUUUCGGUUUAAUGAACUGAAAAUUGAAAAAUUGUAUAUUUUUUUAAAAAAUUGAUUAUUCUUUAUCAGUUGGUUUUCGAUUGCCGACUGGUAAUAGUUAAGAAAGGGUGGGAAUGAUGAAUCGUGGUGAUGGUGGAGAUGUUGCGGCAGCGUCGUCUGGUGCACCGCUGCCGCUCGAGUGGAAAUUCUCACAGGUCUUCGGGGAACGCGCGACUGGUGAAGAAGUACAAGAAGUCGAUAUUAUAUCGGCGAUUGAGUUUGAUAAAUCUGGUGACCAUCUUGCUACUGGUGACCGUGGGGGAAGGGUGGUGUUAUUUGAUAGGACUGAUAUGAAAGAGCAUGGUGGAAAUCGAAAAGGUUUAGAAAAGAAAGACUAUGCUGUGAGUCGGCAUCCUGAGUUUCACUACAAAACUGAAUUUCAGAGCCAUGAACCCGAGUUUGAUUAUCUCAAGAGUUUGGAAAUUGAGGAGAAAAUCAAUAAGAUAAGGUGGUGCCAGACAGCUAAUAAUGCGCUCUUUCUUCUGUCUACUAAUGACAAAACCAUAAAGUUUUGGAAGGUCCAAGAGAAAAAAGUUAAGAAAAUUUCUGAAAUGAAUGUAGAGCCUUCCAUAUCUGCUGGAAACGGCAGUAUUGCCAGUUCAAGUGUUUCUCCCGGUCCUAAGCAGAAUCUUGCUAAUGGAGGAUGUCCAGAUCGAUCUUACAAUUCUUUGACCAAGGAAACGUCAUUUCCACCUGGUGGCAUCUCCUCACUCAAAUUAUCGGUGGUUACAAGCUUUGAGACCAAUCUUGUUGCGAGAUGUAGGAGACUAUAUGCCCAUGCACAUGACUAUCACAUCAAUUCCAUUUCCAACAAUAGUGAUGGUGAAACAUUUAUAUCAGCUGAUGAUCUGCGAAUAAAUCUUUGGAACUUAGAAAUAAGCAAUCAAAGUUUCAACAUCGUUGACGUGAAGCCAGCAAAUAUGGAAGAUCUAACUGAGGUCAUAACAUCUGCAGAGUUUCAUCCUACUCAUUGUAACAUGUUAGCAUAUAGUAGUUCAAAAGGAUCAAUUCGUCUAGUUGAUCUGCGGCAAUCAGCCUUGGUAGAUUCACAUUCUAAACUCUUUGAGGAACUGGAGUCAGCUGGUUCAAGGUCAUUUUUCACCGAGAUAAUAGCUUCAAUUUCAGAUAUUAAGUUUGCGAAGGAUGGGAGAUAUCUACUUAGUCGUGACUACAUGACCCUUAAGUUAUGGGACAUUAAUAUGGAUUCUAGACCAGUAGCUACGUUUGAGGUUCACGAGCAUUUAAGACCCAAGCUAUGCGACUUGUACGAGAAUGAUUCCAUUUUUGACAAAUUUGAGUGUUGCCUGAGUGGUGAUGGUCUAAGAGUAGCAACUGGUUCUUACAGCAAUCUUUUCCGGGUGUUUGGGCAUGCUGCGGGUAGCACUGAAGCAACCACACUGGAGGCAAGCAAAAAUCCUAUGAGACAAGUCCAGACACCUUCAAGGCCUUCAAGAUCCUUGAGCAGCAGCAUCGCUCGUGUGGUGAGGCGAGGUGCAGAAAGUCCCGGAGUUGAUGCCAAUGGGAAUUCAUUUGAUUUCACCACAAAACUGCUCCACAUGGCAUGGCACCCAACCGAAAACUCAAUUGCAUGUGCUGCUGCUAACAGCUUGUACAUGUAUUACGCAUAAGUAGCAGUACUGGAAAACCCAGUCGACAUUUUUGGAUUGCCUAUUGGACGGUGUUUCUUCUGCGACCAAAUGGAGGCUGUCCCAUUUCACAUACCCAAGUGCCUCGUAAAUCUAUAAGCACAUGAAGUGGCUGUUCUUGGAUCUUGUCUUCAUAACCGUCUGCCUGGCUCGCAUUCUUCCAUCGCUCAGCCUUUUCUGCUUCAGCCUCAAUUACUUAUAUUUUUUACCUCGCCCCAGGAAGAAAGAUGGGAAAGAGUGCGAUUCUAGUAGUUUACCUAGUUUCAAGUUACAUGUAGCAUUUUACAAGAAAUUUUCUUGGAAUAAGGAGUUGCUGCCAACUGGGAGGCGUCAAGUUUAUUUACUUGGGUAGCAUAAUGUUUUCUUGUUUAGAAUCUUUUGUCA